GUUAGAAAAGUGUGUCCAUGACGGUUUUUCCCUCGCACAUGGCACCAGUCACUAUAUAACCUCCUUCUUCUUCCUCUCUUUCUCUCUCAACUCGCUUUCUCUCUCUAAAACUUCCCUUCUCUCUCUAGAAGCAACAGUGAGAGAGAAUGCAAAUGCAUAACAAGAACGCUUGCUCACCGUCCUCCAACGGCGGUGGAUUCCGCACCGCCACCACCGCCGGCUCCUUCGCUUCCAUGUACGACUACGAGAAGCUCCCGUCGCUGUCAGGAAACUCCAGCGGCGCUUCGCUUUACCCGUACACCGGCUCUGCUGCUCAGUACGACUCUUGCUUCAUCCAGAAGCAGCAGGACAUGGUGAAUCGCCACAACAUGUGCCUCACUCGCCUCCUGGAAACUUCGAAGGAGGUUGAGGCUCUGCAACAAGAGAACGGCCAGCUCCGUGCCGUGAACAACGAGUUGCAGAAGCAGUUGGAUCAGAUCGUCAUUCAGGCCUCGCUGGAGAAUCGAUUUGGAGGAGUCGGCGGUGGUUGUGGCGGCUCUGCCGGCCAGACGCCGCCGUCGGCGGCGUUUGAGCAUCUCGCACAUGCGUUCCGUAGCUUCCAAAUUGGGGAUGGGAAAGAGAACUGCGCUGAUUGGAAUACCAACAAUAUCAACAAUAUGAAUGAUAAGGAGAUGCAGGAGGUUUCAGAUCACGCGAGUCCAACGAGCGUGAUUGAGAGUAACAAUGGUAAUGUUGAAGUGGAGAGGUACUCGCUGCCGAAGAGCAUCUCUGUUAGGUCUAAUGGCUACUUGAAGUUGGCUCAGCCUGUGCCUCCGGCGGCCACCACCAAUAAUGCUUGCCGCCCCAAGAAUGCUACUCGCCCACGCGCCUCCUCCACUCCCUCUGAUACUGUUCAAAAGGUGUAUGUGCGUGGAGGGAAGAAAGAGGAAGAGCCUCUGGAGAUGGUAGUGUAUAACCAGGGGAUGUUCAAGACUGAGCUGUGCAACAAAUGGCAGGAAACUGGUGCAUGCCCAUAUGGAGAUCACUGCCAAUUUGCUCAUGGGAUUGGGGAGCUUCGCCCAGUGAUCCGCCACCCACGCUAUAAAACAGAGGUCUGCAGGAUGGUGCUGUCUGGGGUUGUGUGCCCAUAUGGCCAUAGGUGCCAUUUCCGCCACGCACUUACUGAACAAGAGAAAGCUGUUUCACAGUCUAAGCCCAGAACAACCAAAAUGGAAAGAUGAGAGAGUCUGCUGAAGUUGUUAUACACAUCAAAACAUAAAUGGUACAUAUAAUUCUUGAUUGUCUGUAAUUACAAACAUGAACAGACAUAUGAGGUAGAGUAAUUACUUUCAUACAGUAAAAAAACAAAGAGGCUUGCGGCAAGAUGAGAUGUAGAUCAGGAUUCGUAAGGAGAAUGUGGUCCUUUCUUUUUUGUUUGUUUGGGCAUUCUGGUUUUUGAAAAUCACAUACUGAUACGUCUGAUUGUCCCAACCCAAGAAUUAUACUUUUGUCUUGUUAUUUCAUCAUAAUGAGAUUUGAUUCUUUGCAAAGUAAGUAAUUUCUGAUUGUGGUUGUGAUGUUUCUA